CAUGACAACUGUGCGUAUGACUACCUGGAACUGCGAGAUGGUGAUUCCGAGAACAGCCCUCUACUGGGCCGCUUCUGUGGCUACGCAAAGCCAGACGAUAUCAAGAGCAGCUCCAACCAGCUGUGGAUGAAGUUUGUAUCUGACGGUUCGGUGAACAAAGCUGGGUUUGCAGCUAAUUUCUUCAAAGAGAUUGACGAAUGCUCCAGGCCUGAUAACGGUCACUGUGAGCAGCGCUGUGUCAACACCCUGGGCAGCUACCACUGCGGCUGCGACCCUGGAUACGAGCUCACCCCGGACCGCCGCAGCUGCGCAGGUGAUACCAAAACCUGUUAAAGUAAACGAAUGCGCUAAAAACC